AGAGAGUUUCCGCGGUCAGUAGGAAACUGCACCCUCGCCUCCUGUGUCGAAACGUCCUGUUCUCGGACGAGAUGUCGGGAUUCAUCCUCUUUUUUUUAUGUCACAAUUAGUUUCAUUAUUCCGCGACUUUGUCAUUCUCAUACUUGUCUAUCUCGAAGAGAAAAGUGGAUAUGAACUUUUCCGUAGAACCGUACAAUUGUAGCGUGGAGCUCAACAGGUUCUUGUCUGUGUUAGUGGCAGAUUUCUAAUUUUAUAGGUUGUUAUAUACGCUAACUUUAGUUAACUUCAAGACUUGGUCGCAUGGUACAGCACCUGUACUGUGAAACAACUAGAACUACGGUCGCGAGCACUCUCAUUUUCUCUCUGAUAAAAAAUUUUACUUUAUUUGAAGUAAAAUUCUUAGACUCAACGUGGAAUUGCUGAUAUCAUAUAUCAGAAAGAAAAUCUUAUAUAUGUCAUUGCACAUGAUUUAAUGAUAAUUAUACAAUAGGUUUAUUUGUUUAUUGAUUGAAAAAAAUACAUAUAUACAUAUCAUAUCCCGUUCAACAUGAAGAGUCAGCAGAGGUAACAGACGUACAUGACUGGUCAGGAGCGUAUUCACAACUUUCAGGCAUUGCUUUCCGGACGGAAUUCUUAAAAUGAGUAUACAUAAUUGACGCAAAAGUUUUGUAUUAAUUGCUUAUAUAUGUAUAUAAAACUAAUAAUACAAGAUAUAAUAUACUACUGUACAAUACUACUGUACCAUAAAUAAUAUGCACAAAUAAAGCAAUAUAAUAUUACAGUAGAUAAUCGAUGCCCCGAUGAAAUUGGUUCUUAUACAAGCACAACAAAGCGUUUAUGCAGGGACUACUCAACAUAUUGAUUGCGAAAUUGUAUUUGAAAAAUCAGUAAAAAUACCUUGUUCAACCAACAAAUCUUUUAAAUGAUAAAACAAAUAUAAAUUUAUCCUUAUACUUCAUAACGUGUUCUUGACAUUGCUGUCUGUCAUAAAUGUCCGUGUCAUAAAUCCCAGAAGUUGAAGAUGGCCGUAACAGUAACUCAAUAACUAAAUCCGCUGAAUUCAAUAUCCGCCACCUAGUAGCUGAUGCCCCUUACAUUUGUCAGUUGAUUAGUACAUGGUCGUUCUGUUUACUUCUGCUAACUUCGCGUUGAACAGAGUAUAGUAAAUGACAACUCUUAUCAUUAAUACACGUCAAAAGUUGUAUGUUUAUUGAAAGUAGUGUAAAAAUUAUAGUAUAAAUAAUUUAAUUUUUAACUGUAGUAAAAACUAAUUGCAUUUAUCAUGGGAAAUCUGUGCUUAUCUUGUUGCAAAGAAUCAUCUUCGUGCGAAGAUUUAACACCAGAUUUGGAAACUAGGAGAAGGAAGCAAAUGGAAGCUGCAGAAAGAAGAAUUGCUGAACAACAAAAUCGAGGCAUUAAAAAUACUGAUGCUGUUAGAAGACAAGAAAGGCUAGAUCAAUUACGUGAGAAGCGCCAAGAAGAAGUUGGGAAUAGGAAUAUGCAAAAUAAUUUAAAGUGGCAAAUUAGUUAAUUGUAAUCCUGGAUGGAAUUUGCUGCAAUAUUCAAAUUUUCAAAAAUGUACAAGUUGGAAUUAUUAAGAAUAUAUACAAUGUACAAAAGGUGUAUUUUAUAUGGUACUGUUUAUUGAUAGAAAUCAAAGAAAGUAAUGUUGCAGGUCUGCAUUUUGCAAAAUAUAAAUAUUUAAAGAUAUAUACAUUUGCAUAUAUAGAUGUAUAUCUGUUUUCAUAGAUUAUGUUUUUUAUAGUGCCUUAAAUAUUUAUAUUAAUUAUACCAAUAUUUUCUAUGAUAUAUAAUUAAAAAUGUAAUUAUAAUAUGUGACAAAGUGUGUCACAAAAAUAUAUGCUACGUUAUGAAUAAUUAUUAUUACAUCUAAUCUAAUGAUUUUUGUUUUAAUAUUACUUAUACUUUUCAUCCUAAUAUAUAUUUAUAUUUCAAUAUCACAAACGUCUAAUGUUUUAAUAAUCUAAUUAAUGUUUGACAAAACAAUAUAUCUUAACUAUAUGUAUAUAAGAUCAUUAUGACCAAAUUCUUUAUAUUUUGUUAUUAUUGUUGGAUAUACUUUUAUUAAGAUUGUAUAAUAUUCAGCACAUACUAGAAUAUAUUAUUUAUUCAUGUGGUAUAUUUAAUAAGAAAAUUAAAAAUGAAAGUCACUUUCUUGUAAAAUUUCAUUUGAUAAUAAUAAUACAUAUAUGUAGUUGUGUAAAAUAUACAAGGCUAAUGAUACAUAUAAAACUAAUUUAUAUUUAUUUUCUAUAAUGUGAUAGAUACAUUGAAAAUGAUGUGCAGUAUAGGCUGGCUGUAGUGUUAGUAAUCAUGAUAAUACCUGUCAUUAAAUGUAAAUCUACGUUUAUGUAUAAAUAAGUUUGUUAACAGCAAAAGUGAAAAAAUACAUGUUUAAAUGAAGAAUAUUUGUAUGGCGCUAUUAUGGGUAUAAUUAUUUGUUAUGAUUAAAAGCCUAAUGAAUUGUAAAAUUGAUGAAAAAAAAAAAAAUGUUUAUAUAUAGUUAAUGAGUUAUUUAGAGUACGUAUUACUAUGCACUAACAACAAAUACAUGUAUAGUUUGUAAUCUUUUCUAGAUCAAAUAUAGGAUUUAUUUAAGAAAUACAUAUUAGUUUGUGAAAUACUAUAAGUAUUAAGGAGGAAUUGUUGUUAGAAUUUCUUAAUUUAUAAUUAAAGGAAUGAU